AAAAAUGUAUAUACAACACAACCAUUGUAAAAAACAGAGGAAAGAAUAAAAUAUUAAUUUCCUUCCACCGCCGAACACAACUAAAUCGGCGAACUCAGCCGGCGAUGGAGAGUUUGGCACUCCUCCGUUCUCUCUCAGUCUCCACUUCUUCAUCAGCCACACAUCCCUACUUCCGCCGUUAUCAUCCCAAAUCGUUAUCAUUCCACUCAUCCCCAACCCUCCGAUCACUCUCCAUCUACUCCACUCGAUUCACACUCCACGCCACCGCCUCUUCCUCGCCGGAGAACCAGACCGAACCUCUCCCUUCUUCUUCUCCGCCGCCGCAACAGCAGCAAGGAGCGAAGCUCAUCCCUCUGGCAAUCUCAGUCUCAAUAGGUCUCAUAGUGAGAUUCAUAAUCCCAAGACCUGAACAAGUAACCUCACAAGGAUGGCAAUUACUGUCAGUGUUCCUCUUCACAAUCUCAGGUCUCGUCCUUGGUCCUCUCCCAGUAGGUGCUUGGGCUUUCAUUGGCUUAACCGCUUCAAUCGUCACAAAAACGCUUCCUUUCUCUACCGCUUUCGCCGCUUUUACAAACGAGCUCAUCUGGCUUAUCGCCAUUUCUUUCUUCUUCGCUCGUGGUUUCAUCAAAACUGGUCUCGGCGACAGGAUCGCUACUUACUUUGUGAGAUGCCUUGGCAAAAGCACUCUUGGUUUAUCUUAUGGUCUUGCCUUCUGUGACAUGCUUAUGGGUUUGAUUAUGCCCUCUACCAUGGCUAGAGCCGGUGGCGUUUUCUUGCCCGUCAUUAAAUCUCUCUCUCUCUCCGCCGGAAGCUAUCCCGGAGACCCUUCUUCCAGAAAACUCGGUUCUUUUCUUAUUCAAACCCAAUUGCAGUGUUCAGGAGCUUCUGGUGCGAUUCUUCUGACAUCAGCUGCACAAAACUUGUUAUGUCUCAAACUAGCCAGAGAAGUUGGUGUUGUAAUCUCGAAUCCAUGGAUCACUUGGUUUAAAGUGGCGAGUGUUCCUGCGUUUGUUUCUCUUCUUUGUACUCCUCUCAUCAUCUACAAGCUUUAUCCUCCUGAGCUGAAACACACACCAGAAGCUCCCGCUGCAGCUGCUAAAAAGCUUGAACGAUUAGGUCCCAUCACGAAAAACGAAUGGAUCAUGCUCGCCUCUAUGGCUUUCACCGUCUCUCUUUGGGUUUUCGGAGAGGCAAUAGGAAUAGCAAGCGUUGUAUCCGCGAUGAUCGGUUUAUCAACGCUUCUGCUGUUAGGAGUCAUAAACUGGGACGAUUGUCUCAGUGACAAAUCAGCUUGGGACUCGCUCACUUGGUUUGCGGUUUUGAUUGGUAUGGCUGGACAGCUAACGAACCUCGGUGUCGUUGCUUGGAUGUCGGAUUGUGUGGCAAAACUGCUACAAUCCCUCUCCCUGACUUGGCCAGCUUCUUUUAUUAUUCUCCAGGCUUGUUAUCUCUUGAUCCAUUACCUAUUUGCAAGCCAGACUGGUCACGCAGGAGCACUCUAUUCCCCUUUCUUGGCGAUGCAAAUCGCUGCGGGAGUGCCAGGGGUUCUAGCAGCACUUUGCUUGGCUUUCAACAACAAUCUCUCUGGUGCUUUGGCACAUUAUAGUGGUGGACCAGCUGCUUUAUAUUACGGAGCUGGAUAUGUAGAUCUGAGAGAUAUGUUUAGACUCGGGUUCGUGAUGGCUCUUGUACAAGCGGUCAUCUGGGGAGGUGUUGGAUCUUUUUGGUGGAAAUUUUUGGGUCUCUACUGAAUGGAUUAUACAGAACCGAAACUAGUCCCUGAGCAUAUCCGACCAAAUACAGAAAACUAUAGUUUCGGCUUAAGGGUAUCAGUUGAAAAAAAUAUCUGGUAAUUCGAGAUCACUGCGAAAUACCAAAUUUUUAACUGAAUAUAAUAAAAAAAUGUUAACCUUAGAACUUGAAACAAUGCAUCCUGUUUUACAUCCUGAACCGAAACUUCAAAUUGGUCCAAUUUCAGUUACAUUUCGGGAAGAAACCAAAGUUUUGCACAAACUGACACAAUAUUAUACAGGCGAAGGGCCUAAUUUUCACCGGAGACUCGCAGUAUGAAAAAUCUAGAAGCUCUGCUUAUAUAUAGUCUUGAAGAUUUCUACGUUAUUUCCUGACCCUGCAGCUGUAAUGCAUAACCAAUAAAUAACAUGAAACUAAAGUCAAUAAGAAACACCAUAAAGUAUGAGCAUAGGUUAAAAGAGAAAAGAACCGCGUUUUCGAGUUUUAUACAAAGUAAACCUUUGCGAUAAAAGCCAAUACCAAAAACUACAGGAGACUAGAGAGUAUUAGAG